CACGCCAACGUUUUCUCUAUCAUAUAAGAACGAAACGGCUUUAGGUUAUCGCUGAGGUUCUUCUCUUAUCGUUACAAAAUUUUUCUUUCCUUUCCCCUUCCGGACAAUAAACACUCGUCUGAGGAAACAUGAAAACGCGCGACGUUUGGGGACCUUGUCAGUAGAACGGUGCGCGGUAUAUAGCGAUGCUCUGGAGUAGAAGUAUUCUUUACAGGAUUGCCCUAAGAACGAGAAGGACACUUUUCAAAUCUUCUCUCAGAUCUGAACAAUGGAAGAAGGAAGAAGGUUUUGGAAGAGGCUCGAUGCUUCGUUACUUUCAAGGAUAUCAAUGAGGCGAGUGUUGGAUUAAAAUCAAACGGUGACGUAAAUGGAUGAUGGAAAUGGUGAAGGAAAAGCCACGAAGACGUAGCGUGAGCGAACUGCUCGAUUGGAGAUCCAUUACAGGAUUGAAAGGUGGUGCUGCUAAUUCCGAGAACAAUGAUACGGAUGGAAUGUUUUUUGAGGACUAUGAUAAAAGUCCGGAAACCAGACGAAGAAAACGUUCUGGCACUUGGCCGAGAACGAGAAGCUUAAACGCACCAAGUCCAAUACAACAAUUUGGACCAUGUGGGCGUAUAAUGAAAAACUCGGCCAUGGUCAUGACUAUCCAGGAUCCAGCUUCGCAGAGGUUGACUUGGUACAAACCUCCGCUCACUGUCCUCGUAAUAAAAAAGGUCCGUGAUUCGUCGGUACUACCACCGUUUGUUCAGUUGGUAACAUGGUUGAUAGAAGAAAAACGUAUGGUCGUAUUUGUGGAAGCAACUGUACUUGAGGAUUCGGCUUUGGCUCGAGAUCUAAGAUUUCAAGGGGUUCGAGAUAGAUUACAAACCUUCCGUGAUGGAACCGAUGAUCUACAGGAUAGAAUCGAUUUUAUAAUAUGUUUGGGCGGUGAUGGCACGCUACUUUAUGCCAGUCUUCUCUUCCAACAAUCUGUGCCACCUGUAAUGGCAUUUCAUCUCGGUUCCUUGGGUUUUCUUACACCCUUUGAGUUCGACAAUUUUCAAGAACAAGUUACGAACGUACUUGAAGGUCAUGCGGCCUUGACCCUCCGGAGCCGUUUAAGAUGUAUUAUUAUGCGAAAAGGUGAGGAAGGUCAGCCAGCGAAAUCACCGACGAAUUUGUUGGUGUUGAACGAAGUUGUCGUAGAUCGAGGACCUUCACCGUAUCUUUCAAACAUCGACCUAUUCAUUGAUGGCAAACAUGUAACUAGCGUUCAGGGUGAUGGCCUGAUCGUUAGUACACCAACCGGAUCUACGGCUUACGCGGUAGCUGCAGGAGCUAGUAUGAUCCAUCCUUCGGUACCUGCGAUCAUGAUUACACCAAUCUGUCCUCAUUCGUUAUCAUUCAGACCAAUUGUUGUACCAGCUGGUGUCGAACUAAAGAUAUCCGUCUCACCAGACAGCAGAAAUACUUCGUGGGUCUCGUUUGACGGUAGAAAUAGACAAGAGCUCUUUCAUGGUGACAGUUUACGAGUCACUACAUCUAUAUAUCCUGUACCUAGUAUUUGCGCAGCCGAUCAAAUAACGGAUUGGUUCGAUUCUCUCGCUGAGUGUUUACACUGGAACGUUAGGAAGAGGCAAAAGCACUUGGACGAAUUGAGUGACUUGACUCAUUCAUCUAGCAAUGAUACCCUUGACUCUUUGGAUCGCGAUAGUUAGGCAAAAAUAUGUAUUUUAAAGGUAAAACAAAAUCAGCACAAUUGAUAAUAUCAAACGAGUCCAAAAGAAUUUGUGCGAGUGCCUCAAAAGUGAUAAAAACAUGGAAGUUAAUCUAUAUACUGGAUAACGGAUUUUGUUCUAUAUCAUCGUGAGAAAUCAUUAGAACUUCUUAUACCAGUUGAAAUCUAUUAUUAAUAGAUAUUUUAUUAUCAAGGAUAAAACGUACGUACGUUGGAAGAUAGAAAUCAUAGUUUUUGUUUGGCUAUUCUCUCUUUUUUUUUGUUUUUAUCCUAGACUGACUAUGUAUAUCUAAGAGUGAAGUGUUUCUGUUUUCAAACGUUAUAUUAACGUCGCUUUAUAAAUCAAUGACGAUAAACCAGAAACCGUUAUUCGAAUUUUAUAUUAUAUCUAAAAUGACUGAAAUAAACGAAGCUGGAUUGCACACAUCAUAUGAUAUUACUAAUGCACAAAUGAAGAUGACACUCAACAGUUGUACUAAUUCCAAUUACGUUUAAACAUCAAUGUUUAUUGCGAAGUUACCAAAAUAAUUGGGAAUAUGAUGAGAAUCAUUGGAAUUUGAUUAAAAAGAAAAAUUGAAUAUGAUUGAAGAAUAAUUCUAACUAUGUAAUUUCAUUGAUUACGUACACUUAAGAUGAUCAUGUUCUUUGGAUUGUUUAUAAUUAAAGAUAAUCUUCGUUAAACAAAGUGAAUGAUAGAAUUAUAUUUAGUGUCAUCUAGUGUGGAAAAUCUUCAAUUAAAGUUGUUGUUCUUUGAGAGUUAGUUUGGUAAUCGA